ACGAUGGUUAGUCCCGCCCACUCUGCUACCAACAGCCGUUUCAAGAUGGCGACAUUGACAAAGCUGAAGCAGCGAGAUUCGAACACAUUUUUAGCAGCUGUUUUGUCCGUUUUACAGCUUACACUUGUAACUUGCUCAUUAUCAGGCACUUAUGAACUUCCUGUGCUAAAAGAAUCAGAAAACAUCCAAAAUUUCACUAACAGCACCUCCCAAUCCAUAUCAAAUUAUUACAAGAACAUUUCAGAAACCCAAAACCUGAUGAAAUCAAACAAAGUGGUUAUUUCUCAGCUAACUACCAUCACUGCAACAGUGGAUGCAACAACAGCACCACCCAAACCAACUAGUGCAGCUGAGAUGAUUCCAGAAGACUCCAAGGCUAUUGAGAUGAACCACAAUGUGCCAAAGUCAGUUAACCAUCCUGAACACGAGUCACCUAUUAUCACUGACUUGGCUGGAGAAGAUCCAAGUCUUGCUCUCAAUUUUGAAUCCACCACUUCUCCUUUUGAGAUGGACACAAAUGAUAAUCUGGGCUAUGAGGAUGAAGAAGAUGAUGAUGGUGAUGACUAUGGAAGACAUACAGAGAAUAAUCAACAGGGCAAAAGUGAAACUUUCAGCCAAGACUUUCAGGACGAUGCCAAUUAUAUCAAGGAUAUUGCUGAAGACCUGCAGGAGAGGCCUGGUAAAAUUGAUAUUCACGUGAAGGACACCACCAUCUAUGCCACUCAAGAUGAAGACUCGCAUUUCUUCUUCCACCUGGUGAUCAUUGCUUUGCUGGUGGCCAUAGUGUACAUCACCUACCACAAUAAAAAGAAGAUCAUGCUCCUGGCUCAGAGUCGGCGCUGGAGGGAAGGCCUUUGCACCCGCAGUAUAGAAUAUCAUCGGCUUGACCAGAAUGUUGAUGAGGCAAUGCCUUCAUUGAAGAUGACCAACAAAUAUGUCUUUUAAACACCCCUAUACCGUAAUGUUAGAGAUGAUCAUUGUAAUCUUUUAUGUUAAACCACGGUUUAUUAAUUAUGAAUGCAAACUGCUGAUUUUUAUUUAAUGCACAAUAUUCUUUGUGUAUUUAAAGUUGAUCAAGAAACCUUA